AUGGCCACCUACGCCUUCCCCGCGGGCCACCACCAGGCCUACGCCAACAUGGCCGCCCCCGGGGUGCUGGGCGCGUACCCCGGCUACGUGGGGCCGCCCCCCCAGGGCCACUACUCGGGCAUGGGCCAGAUGGGCGCCGACGUGGACCUGGACGUGGACCGCGCCGAGUUCGACCGCUACCUGAGCGGGCCCGGACAGCAACUGCCGGGCAUGGCGUGGGCGGCCCACCCUCCGCCGCCGUGCCCGCAGGCCCGCCUCGAGUACAAGCAGGAGCCGCAGGAGCAGUACCGGGAGGUGGCGCCGCCGGGCCACCAGGCGUUCCCCGACGAGGCCUUCCGCAUGCCGUUCCGCUGCGACCCGCUGGCGCAGUACCGCGGCGACGGCGGGCAGCCCCCCUACGCGCGCCUCGACUUCCGCGGCGAGCGCGCCGACUACCCCGACGAGGAGUACCCCCACCCGGAGGAGCGCAUGGGGGCGGCCUACCCCCACCAGCAGUACGGGAGGGCGUCCGAGAGGCAGCAGGACUACCUGGGCGGGGAGCAACAGCAGCAGGGGUACCGGGGGGCAGACGAGUACCCCGGGGAGAUGUACCGCGGGGAGGGAAGCACGCCGGAGUACCCCGGCGAGCCCCACCGGGGGUCGGUGGGCGGGACCCUCCUCAGCGCCCUGGCACAUAUCAGGAACAUGUACUUCGAGACGUAG